GUCUUCCCUGACAGCCUCGUCCCUGCGGCUCUCCAACCUUGUGUUAGAAAAGAUGACGAAGCUGGCGACGGUCGUGCCCGCUCGCUCCCCUCGCGCGCGCGUCCUUGACGUCCUCUUCCCCGCGGGGACACAGCCUCCAUCGCCGCCGGGUAGUCGCCGCUAAACGCCUCUGCAGCUCCGUGAGCCCGGGAGAGAAAGGCGGAAAGAUCCCCGCCCCUCCCCUCCCAUUCCAGUGCGCGCGUACGUCCCCCAUUCAGACUCGUUAUUGUUGUGCUGCACUGCACAUGAUCCUUUUGGAUGUUUUCGACUGAUUGAGUCAAGAUGGAAAGCAUGGAGAGGGAGUGCAGCGCGCUGGGCGGCCUCUUCCAGAACGUCAUCGCGGACAUGAAGGCCGGUUAUCCCGUGUGGGAAGACUUUGUCGGCAAAGCUGGAAAACUGCAGUCGCAGCUCAGGACGACGGUGUUGGCGCUGGCGGCCUUCCUGGAUGCCUUUCAGAAGGUGGCCGACAUGGCGACCGGCAGCCGAGGGGCGACGAGGGACAUCGGCUCAGCUCUCACCAGGAUGUGCAUGAGGCACCGCAGCAUCGAGGCAAAGCUCAGGCAGUUCUCCACGUUGUUUGUGGAUUGCCUGAUCAACCCACUCCAGGAGCAGAUGGAAGACUGGAAGAGAGUCACCAACACGCUAGACAAGGACCACGCCAAAGAGUACAAGAAAGCCCGCCAGGAGAUCAAGAAGCGCUCUUCGGACACACUGAAGCUGCAGAAGAAAGCCAAGAAAGCCGACGUCUUUGGGCGCGGAGACAUCCAGCCGCAGUUGGACAACGCCAAGCAGGAAGUGAGCGACAAGUACUUCCUGCUGGAGGAGGCCGAGAAGCAGGCGGUGCGGAGAGCCAUGGUGGAGGAGAGGAGCCGCUUCUGCUGCCUGGUGGCCAUGUUCAGACCCGUCGUGGAGGAGGAGAUGUCCAUGCUGGGCGAGCUCAGCCACCUUCAGACGCUGACUGAGGACCUGAAGAUGUUGACCAUGGACCCUCACAAGUUGCCACCUUCCAGUGAACAAGUGAUUGUGGACCUGAAGGCGUCUGAGUGCACCUGGUCCUAUCAGACUCCGCCCUCAUCUCCAAGCACCACGUCCAGGAAGUCCAGCAUGUGCAGCAGCCUGAACAGCGUGAACAGCAGCGACUCUCGCUCUAGCGGCUCGCACUGCCACUCGCCCGGCUCGCAUUUCCGCUACCGUGCCUCAUCCUCAUCUUCGUCCUCGUCGGCCCUCCCGCAGCAGACGCCGGCCCGCCUCUCGUCGGUGUCCUCCCACGACUCGGGCUUCAUCUCGCAGGACGCUUCCCAGUCCAAGUCGCCGUCCCCUAUGCCCGCCGUCAAGGAGGACAGAGAGGCCCAGGUAGAGCUGGCUAAGGCGCUGGCCCGCAGUCUCCACUUGGACUUCCACGGCUCCAGCAGGGACUCGGUGCAGGGCUCCAGCGGCUACAGUAGUCAAACCGUCACGCCGUGUUGCUCUGAGGAUGCUGGCCCCACGCAAGAGUGCGACUAUUUCUCCACGGAUCACGAAGGGGAGGAACCGACUGCCGAGUCGCCCGGCGUCCCGCGCCCCAGCGACAUCUCUCAGUCCUGCCGCCGAUCGCUGCAGUCCAAGCGCGGUACGUCAGCCCGCGUGGCGCCCUCCGCGGUGGUCCCGCCGGGGGUGGCCACCAUUCGCCGGACACCGUCCUCCAAGGCCAGCCUGCGGCGCCCGUCGAGCAGCCUCGCUUCGGGCCCCAUCCCCAUCAAGCCGCCCGUGGUCCCCGUCAAGACGCCCACCGUACCGGACCACCCCGGGGGGAGGACGUCGGAGGAUGGGCACAGCCCUUGGAACCCCCCAGGUGCACCUGUCUCACCAGGGAGUGGCGUAAGCCUUUGGCCUCAGUCAGAUGUAAGCCGGGGGUCCGAGCCGGAGCGACGUCCUUUGCCCGAGCUGCUGGAGGAGACGGAACACGGCGACGGCGUGGACGACUUCCUUGUAGCCAUCCGGCGUGGCGUCAGGCUGAAGAGGACCAGCACCGACGACCGAUCGGCACCCAGGAUCCACUGACCGAGGAGGUUUUGUUCAGAAUGUGCCAAACAUGACUCACAGGUCAAAAAAGUUGUGGGAUGUUAAAUUUUCUUUUGCACGCUCUCUCCGCUUCAAGUGCCAAAACCUGCUCCAGUAUGACUUUGAUUUGAUGUUUCGCACGUUCUUGCUCUGGAUUGUUUGCCGAUGUCUGCCGGGAGCUCGUUCCGCUCCCACUACGGUUCGUGACUCGAUGCCCGACGACUGCUGGCUUUUGACAGCUUCUCUCAACAAAGUUAGAUGGAGCUUAAGAUUUUUUUUAUUUUUGACACUGACAUGCUGUGGAUACAUUGGGUCAAUAAGGAGACGAGACUCUUGGCCUGAAUCUAACAAAGACUAAAAUGACACGUUUUGGCUCGGACUUUUACGACAAUUGGACAUGACGUCACCUUGACGGGCUGCGUGAGCGUCGCGCAGCUGAUGCACCGAGCAGAUGAAGCUGAACGUGACCGGCCUCGAAGUGUGCGCACGCCGUCAUGGCGGUCUUGGAGAAUGAAAAUAAAACAAGUUUGUCUGGUUC